CCACAAAUCGAAGAAUAUGGCCGACAUUUUGAUAUGCUGUCAUGAAGAUUUUUCAGUAACAUAAAAUUUUAACUUUCUAGUUCUUCAUGCACGGUUUUAGGUUCCAAAACGUUUUAUAUUUUAUUCAAUAGACUGUGUUUAGUGUAAGCUAUUUUGUUUUAAAAAAUGGCAGCAGAUCGCGAGGUUGCUGCUGAAGACAGUAUUCGAGUUGUCUGCCGAUUUCGGCCACUGAACGACUCUGAAGAAAAGGCUGGAUCCAAAUUUAUUGUGAAAUUUCCAUCAGGACCCGACGAUAACUGCAUUUCUAUAGGGGGAAAAGUGUAUUUGUUUGACAAAGUAUUCAAACCUAAUGCGACCCAAGAAAAGGUGUACAAUGAAGCAGCAAAAAGUAUUGUUUUGGAUGUUUUGGCUGGAUACAAUGGCACUAUAUUUGCCUAUGGUCAAACCAGUUCUGGAAAAACACAUACUAUGGAGGGUGUCAUAGGCGAUUCUGGCAAACAGGGUAUUAUUCCAAGGAUAGUCAAUGAUAUAUUCAAUCACAUCUAUGCAAUGGAAGAAAACCUGGAGUUUCACAUAAAAGUGUCCUAUUUUGAAAUUUACAUGGACAAAAUUAGGGAUUUACUAGAUGUGUCGAAAGUUAAUCUCAGUGUUCAUGAGGACAAAAAUAGGGUUCCAUUUGUAAAAGGUGCUACUGAAAGAUUUGUGUCAAGUCCAGAAGAGGUGUUUGAGGUUAUAGAAGAAGGAAAAUCAAACAGACAUAUUGCUGUCACAAACAUGAACGAACACUCAUCAAGAUCUCAUUCAGUCUUCCUAAUAAAUGUAAAACAGGAAAAUUUGGAAAACCAAAAGAAACUAUCUGGAAAGCUAUAUCUUGUGGACUUGGCUGGUUCUGAAAAGGUAUCUAAAACUGGUGCUGAAGGUACUGUACUGGAUGAAGCUAAAAACAUUAACAAAUCAUUGUCGGCCUUGGGUAACGUUAUUUCGGCGCUAGCAGACGGCAACAAAUCGCACAUCCCUUACAGAGAUUCAAAACUGACCCGUAUCUUACAAGAGUCGCUUGGUGGUAAUGCGAGGACAACCAUAGUCAUUUGCUGUUCACCUGCUUCUUUCAACGAGAGUGAAACGAAAAGUACCCUUGACUUCGGUAAAAGAGCUAAAACUGUUAAGAACGUUGUAUGCGUCAAUGAAGAACUUACAGCUGAAGAAUGGAAACGUCGUUAUGAAAGGGAGAAGGAGAAGGUGGCUAGGCUCAAAGGAAAGGUGGAGAAACUGGAAGCGGAGCUCAGCCGCUGGCGGUCUGGCGAGACAGUACGACCCGAAGAACAAGUCAACCUCCAGGAGAUCGAUGCUGUCACACCUGUCACAUCCUUCAUUGAAGAAAAGCCUCCAGCGCUGCCACCGGUGCCGGUAGCAGUGUCGAGUGCGGUGGAAGAUGCAGCAAUGCAGGGCAAGUUGGAGGCAUUGUACCAGCAGCUGGACGACAAAGACGAGGAGAUUAACCAACAGUCACAGCUCGUCGAAAAGCUUAAAGACCAGAUGUUGGAACAAGAGGAACUCAUUGCUUGCACAAGGCGCGACUACGAGGCCUUGCAAGGUGACAUGAACCGCAUACAGCAGGAGAAUGAAGCUGCAAAGGAGGAGGUAAAGGAGGUACUGCAGGCGCUCGAGGAGUUGGCCGUCAAUUACGACCAGAAGUCGCAGGAGGUGGACAGCAAGAGCCGCGAGUGCGACCAGCUAUCUGAGGAGCUGCAGACCAAACAGAGUGCUCUCACAACGGCGACGGCGGAAUUGCAACAGCUUCGCGACAUGUCUGCACAUCAGCGAAAGCGCAUCGCAGAAUUGUUGACCAAUUUGCUACGCGAUCUGGCCGAAAUUGGUGCCGCGGUCGGCGGCACCGAGCUCGACUUCAAGCUCAACGUCGACACUGUCGGAAAACUGGAAGAGGAGUUCACCGUCGCUCGCCUGCACAUCAGCAAGAUGAAGAGCGAAGUCAAGAACAUUGUACAACGCUGCCAUUCUCUCGAGUCUGCCAAUAUUGACGCCAAUCAGAAGAUCGAAGAGUACGAACGAUCCCUCGGUGAGUGCAGGCUUCUGAUCUCACAACAUGAGGCGCGAUGCGCCUCACUUGCAGAAUCGAUGCGCGAGGCCGAAAAUAAGAAGAGACAGCUGGAAGAAGCUGCGGACGCACUUCGUGAGGAAUGCGCUCGCCUGCAGGCGGCCGAGAAGGUGCAACUCGCAGCGGCGGAGCAGCGGGCGGACUCGCAGGUGCGCAGCGCGCUUGAGGCACAAUUGGAGCAGCUGCGAACCACGCAUGCCACGCAACUGGCAGCUUUGCGCGACGAACUCGCCGCUAACCAGCGCCAGCUGCAGGAACUCAAGGAUUCGUACCAGGAGUUGACUCUGGCCCGCCAACAACUGCAAGACGACUACGAUAAACUGAAACGCGAGGAGGCCGACAAGUCUGCGAAACUCAAGGAGCUCAUUCAAAGUGUGGAGCGGCGUGAGCAAGCUCGUGCAGAUCUCAAAGGUUUGGAAGAUACAGUUGCCAAGGAACUUCAGACCCUGCAUAAUCUGCGAAAGCUCUUCGUGCAGGAUCUCCAGGCUAGGAUAAAGAAAUCCACCAACUCGGAGGAAGGUGCCGAAGAGGAAGGCGGUUCGCUCGCUCAGAAGCAAAAGAUCUCUUUCUUAGAGAACAACCUGGAACAGCUGACGAAAGUGCACAAGCAGCUGGUGCGCGACAACGCCGACCUACGCUGCGAGCUGCCCAAACUCGAGAAGCGUCUGCGCGCAACUAUGGAACGCGUCAAAGCCCUCGAAACUGCGCUCAAGGACGCUAAGGAAGGUGCUAUGCGUGAUCGUAAGCGGUACCAGUUCGAGGUGGACAGAAUCAAGGAGGCAGUCCGAGCCAAGAAUCUCGCCCGAAGAGGCCCACAGGCGCAAAUUGCAAAACCAAUCCGAGCUGGUGGCGGUCACCUAGUGGGCGGCGGCGCGCCUGGUGUCGUACGGCCAGUGCCUACUCAGGACGUGAACAGGAAACCCAUCAUCGUUGGCGCACGGAAUGAGAGUUGAAGAGACAGCCGUUACAUCAUAGAGAAUUUAAGGAAAAUUUCAUAGAUGUAUUAUUUGAGUACUGGGGCGGCGUAAAACAAUCUAAAAAAUUAUACCCAUUAUAUGACUACGUGUUAUAAAAAGCCUAAUGUAACUGCAACAAAAAAGGAAUAAUAUCAUAGUACUGUUAGGCUUAUAAUCUUUCGAGCUAUGUAAUGUUAACGUCAAGUAAGUGCACAUGGAUUUAGAGCAGUAAUAGCUUUCGCUAAUUAUUAUAUAGGAAAAAGUUUCAUAAAAUUGAUAUCUGUUAUUGUUAAAUACCUGGG